AUGUUAACAACUAUUUUUAUUUUAAUAAUAUUUCCAUUUCUUGUUCUAUUUGCUGACAAAAUUAAUUCUAAAAGUCUGUAUAGUAAUACUAUGAUAUCAUCAACAAAAUUACAACGAACAUCAGUAUUUUAUCCUAUACACGUCGAAUUAAUGAACAAUAUUCAUUAUGAAAUACGUCGUCAUACCACCAUAAAACGAUACAAAAGACAUAAAAUAAUUCAUAAAAGAUUUGAUGAUGAAAAUUUAAAUUUUUUAAAUGAUGAUAAUGAUCCUGUUGAAUUAACAAACGUGAAUAUAACAAACAACAAAACAUUUUAUCGUCAAAGUUUUUUUCAUGAUGAUUCGAAAAUACCUUUCCACGAAUACAUUCGUGAACAGAAAGAUCCAAUAUUGACUCGAACCCAAACCCGUGCUAUUACAACUGUUAUCAUUGUCAUUGGUGUAUUUAUUAUUAUAAUAACUAUGUUCAAAUUGAAAAAUGCCUGCCGUGAACCAGAAACAACACAAAUUGAAAUUCAUCGAGGAACAUCAAUUUAUAGUGAAUCGAGUUCACGGCGUAAUAGUAUUGGAUAUUAUACACGAAAAUAUAGCCGUCCAAGCGUUCGUGUUGAUGAUCAUCUAAAUUAUCAACCUCUCACUAUCCUAUCAACUAUUAUUCCAUCCACUGUAAAAACACCAUUGAAAGCAUCAUUAACAUCCUAUGCAACAACAACUACAGCAUCUUCAUCAAUAAUUCUUGAUAAGCCUAUUGUUUUGUCGUCGAUGCGACAAAAAGAUUUGGAGUUAAAAGAUGUUUUUCAGGAAUUACCAAAUCAUUUAUUAUUAGAAACAAAAUCUCUUACAUCGUCAUCGUCUAUUAUUGGAAAACAUUUAUCUGGUACAUCUAAUUUAUCGAAAAAUAAUAAUAAUAACAGGGAAACAUCAACAACAAUCGUCCAGAUUGAAGCACACGUGAAAAAUCGUUUAAAAACACAUUCAUUUAAUAAAACACGAGAUAUACCAAUAAAAAAAGCAAAAUUAUUAAAAUCUAUUAAAGAGAAUCAAGAUGAUGAUGAACACUAUCCUCUAUCAUCAUCGGCAAAAAAAAAUAAAAAUAUUAUUUUACAACCAUUAUUAAUAACAACUAACUGUGGUGAUCUUAAUAAAGUUGUAUCGCUAGAGAGAAAAGAUAAUGAAACAGCGUCGAUACAACCGGAAACAUCGACGUUUCAAGAUGAAAUAUUUCCAAGAUCAAAUGAGAAUUUUGAUGAAGAAAAUGACAGAACACCAUUAAUAAUUGAUAAGGUUUAUUCAAGACAUUCUGUUGGUUCAUGUAACGAAAAUUCAUUGCAACAAUCGAACAGAGUCACAAAAUCCGAGAUAGUGAAUGAUGGUAAAUCACCACGAAAAUAUUCAUUAAAUUUUGUUUCUCCUCAAACAGAAACAACAAAAUUAUUCAGUUCUAAUCAACGUCGAAUAUCAUUGUCAUCUGCUGAUAGACGAAAUUCAUUUGCCAAACAUCCUGCAACCUUUUGUGAAACAAUCGAUAGUGAUACAUCAAAACAAAAUCUUUUACCAAUAACAGCAGAUAUUCCCGAGAAUAAAAAUUCUGAUUCCCCAUUACUCAGUGAUAGUUCAACAACAACUUUUACAUGUUCAGAUAAUCAACAUUAUUUCAAUGAAAAAUCAUCGUUGAUUAAUGUAAAAAAAUCGAAUAAUAAUAAUCAUACAAAAAAGCGAUCAUCAUUCCGUCGUAAUUUUAUGCAAAAAAUUGAACGUUUUCGUUUUAUUGAUGAUAGUGCAUCAUCAACCGCUACUGUCACAUCGCCUGUUGAAAGUAUUGAUCGUGAAAAUCAACAAAAUAUUACAACAAAUAAUUAUAAUAAUAAUUUAAUUUCAAAUGCUAUUGAACAGUUUGAUGAUUAUGUACGCUCACGUUACUAUAAUAGUGAUAUGAACAAUUCAGAUGCUGAUACUGAUCCGUCAUAUCGGACGCAUAUUGAACAUUACAUUGAUAAAUUUAAUUCAAAAAAUUUAACAAACGGUCAUUCAAAUAUGAGUACUUUAACGAAUAAUAAUAAAUUGAUAUCUCAAUCAAAUUCUAACACAAAUGUUAAACCUUUAUCAACUAUCAUAGGAAGACCAUAUACAUUUAACAAUAUAACUCAACAGAAUUCGUUAGCUAAAUUGCAAUCAUCUGUACCAACGGAAGAAUCACUUCAAACCCAUAUGAAAUUAAUACCUAGUAAUAAUACUGAUAAUGUGCAAAUUGCUCAAUGUAUGUCAACACUACCUGGAAAAAGUUCAACUGCUAUUCCUAUACCUCGCUCAACUGCAUUAUUUAAUCACAAUAUUCAACGACCAACUAAUUCUAUUCAUCAGUCAAAAAACUGGACAGGUUAUCCAUCAGAUAGUACCCUACGAUCAUCAUAUACAAAAACUCAGACAGACAAUAAAUAUUCUUAUCCGACAAAUGGCGCAUUCAUUUCUCCAGUAUUAUCUCGUUCAAUGGAUUUUAGUAAAAAAUGUGAUAUAAAAAAUGAUAUGUUCAAUAAUAAUCAUCAUUCAACCACUACUACACUUACUCCUCUGAAUGAAACUUCAACAUCGUUCCGUAGCUCAACAAGUUUAGACUUUGAUGAUGAUACUAAACCAUCCGGAGUUGUUGUCGAUGAUGAUUUUUUGCCUAUGUCAUCACCUGUGGAUGAUGACUAUUGGGAUAGUGUUUCUGUUGAAACGACGAUACAAUGUUUUCCAAAUGUUGGUUCGUCACCUGUUAUUGAAGUUAAACAUUUUGAAACUGAUUUAUUAACCGGUGAAAAAAUUCGCAAGAACUAUUCUAUAACAAUGAAUAAUAGUCAACAAUUAUCUAGGAAAGAUAGUGAUGAUCAACACAGUGAAACGUCCGAAGAUUAUUUUGAUGAUGAUGAUGAUGAUGAUGAUGUGGAAGAGAACAAUAUCAAUAGUUAUUCAAUAAAAGAAUUUGCAUUGAAAGAACUUCAAAAACCGAUUGUACUCAAAUCAGCAUUAAAACUGAGUUCUCAAUUAGAUAAAAUGACGGAACUAAGUAGUAGUGAUGAGUUUAAAAUGAGAUCAUCUCAAAUGAACAAUGAUCAUUUAGAAAUAAACAAAAAACUAUUAGAAAAGAGUCCAAUUACUAAUAUCCAAUUGACAUCUCAUUUAAAAUCAAAUAAUAGUAUUCCACAACAUCAGCAGUGUUCUCCAUUGAACAAAGACUAUUCUAACCAGAUGACAAUAGCAAAAAAUUCAUUUGUUAAUAAAGACAAAUUGAAUCAAGAACAGAACGUGACAAAUAAUUCGUCUUCGCCAUCAUCCUCUGGAAUAACAAAGGAAACAGAGAAUAUAAAUAUUAGUUUUGAUUCAACAACUGAUUUGAAUGAACGUCUAAAAAGUUAUUUGCCGCCGCCAAAAUCUAGUGUUUCAAAUGAAAUUACCGAUAAUGAUCAGAUACGUUUAAUUGAUAAUGAGAAACUAUUAAAAAAUAUUUCGCCAAAAUCCAGCACGAAUACUAAUAUAACAACAAGAUUGAAAGUAUCAUCACCACCGUGUUCAUUAUAUACAUCUUCAAGACAAACUGAACUAUUAAGUGAAUCAUCUACCGUACGUUCACCACAAACGAUUUAUGAAGAAGGAGAAGAGGAGUUAAAACAGCAAGGCGCCGAUUUUGAUAAUGAUGAUGACGAUGAAAGUGCUGAAGAUGGCGAAAUAGAUCUAGAACAUGAAUACGAAUUAUCUCAACGUUUAAAUGGUGGAUUAGACGAUGUAUGUUCAUCAUCAAUAGCAUGGAAUACGGAUGAUAAAAUGUUGACUACAGACGAUAUGAAUAAAUAUUAUUUAAUGCAAAAAGAUGAUUUACUAUCGCUUGUGACGUCAUCGCUUCCCGGUUCUACCGUACGAUCUUUAUCAUCUGAUUUUAUUUCGAAUACUAAACCGACUCCGCCUUCCAUAAUGAAAACAAGUAAAUCAAUCGAACAUCGAACAAUUAGUGAUACGUUGGUCUUAACUGAACAAGCGUCUUUAGUGAAUAUUGUUUCACCUAAUGAUUCUACAUCCUCUUUGCUGCAGUCUCCUCCUAUACCAACCGUAAUGAAACCAAAGGUUCGUUUCAAUCUUGAUCCUCAAUAUGAACGUGAACGAGAAUGGAAUAAGGUAAACAAAUUGUUAGGUAAUGUCGAGUGGACAGAUGAAUUCGAAGUAUAA